UUGGGACUGGCGACCGGCAGAGAGCAGCUUGAUGGCGGAGGAGUGUCUUAGCGGAGGGACACCUGCCGCAGUCCAGGCUCACCACAGAGGGUAGACGCUCAGCGUGUCUGCAUGGGUUUGCCUUUAUUCAGGAAGAAAGAAUAGCCGAUGCGCGCCCCCAGGCUUUCUGCAGUUGGAUUUAUUAGAGGCCACCAUGGGCUCUGUGAAUUCCAGAGGUCACAAGGCAGAAGCCCAGGUGGUAAUGAUGGGCCUCGACUCUGCUGGCAAGACCAUGAUCCUGUACAAACUGAAAGGCAAUCCUCUAGUGGAGACCUCACCCACUGUUGGCUUCAAUGUGGAGCCCCUUGAAUCUCCUGGACGUGUGUCACUGAUUCUCUGGGACAUCGGGGGACAACCGCAGCUCAGGGCUACCUGGAAGGACUACCUGGAAGGCAUCGACAUCCUUGUGUAUGUGCUAGACAGCACAGAUGAAGCCCGCUUGCCUGAGGCAGUGGCUGAGCUCCAGGAAGUCCUGGAAGACCCCAACAUGGCCGGCGUCCCUUUCUUGGUGCUGGCCAACAAGCAGGAGGCACCUGAUGCUCUUCCAUUGCUUGAAAUCAGAAACAGGCUGGGCCUGGAAAGGUUCCAAGACCGUUGCUGGGAGCUCCGGGCCUGCAGUGCUCUCACGGGCCAGGGGCUGCAGGAAGCCCUGCAGAGCUUACGGCACUUGCUGAGAUCCUGCUGAAGUGCAGUAGCCUGGGACUCCAGGCUGGAGCAGGACAGGGGUCAGGGCCAGCCCGACCCCCUGAGCAGGCAGAACAGCUUAUCCUUGCUUCUAUGAGCAGGAAAGGCCAGGUGUUCCUUGAGAAACUACAGCUCGGUUUACCAUACGCAAAAUCCUUCUACUCCUGGGCAGGCUGUUUUCUUUUCAGAACUUACUCCUGUUGGCACUAUACUGAAAAUCAACCGGUGCUUUUUUUUUCUAAUAAUCAUAGCCAGCGGGAACAUAAAAAGCCUCAAAAUGCCUCAUGUAACAGCUCAGUACCAAGUGUGAAGGUCACAGUUGGUGACAAUACCUGAGAACCAAGCUCACAAAUGAAAAGAGGUGUCUAAAGUGCAUCUGAGUGUCACCUGGACCUAGGUGUCACCGUCACCAGGGAAGGGCUUCGGCUCCCACAGUGCUGCAGGUGUCCCCAGGGCCCCGGAGCCUUCCAGAAUUCUCCCUGCUCUCCAACUCCGAUGAGCUCUUCUCUGCCCUACAUCCUAUGCUGUAAAAAAAGAAAAUGACUCCACUUGUA